GUCUUCUUCAUCAAUCAUCACCGCAAGCGUGCGCGCAACCCAGCUCCCACCGACGACUGCACCGGCCGUCGCUGCCGCGCUACUUCGGCCCCUUUUCCGGCGACGAGCACCACCAGGAAUCGGUUGGUGUUUAUCGCUGUUCUUAAAGGUGUUGUUCCCUGGCCAUCUUAGUGUCAAAGCAGUGAAGGGUGUAGAAGAAAGAAGUGUGACAGGGAAUCAAAGGAGGGCUAGUCAUCCUGUCGGUGGCAGUAGGGUAUGGUGUCAACAGAAAAAUGAGUGAUGUUCUGACUGCUGGGGUGAGGAGGGGAGUGGUGGUGUGGUAGCACUGUAUCACAUUGAGGUAAAAGCGCUGCAUGAAGGUCGGGGCCUACAUAUCUACUCUUGGUGAAGGGUGUAUUUGAUAGCUACAGCUCUCCAAGAGUAUGCCCAGGACACUCACACAAGACACAAACGGACAUUGGAUGCUGGUGGAACGACUGCAGCUUUUCUGUUUCCUCUAUUUAUACAGAGCUGAAUGUUACAUUCAAGUAGCUGCUAAUGGAGAUUGACAGCCUCAGAGAAGGAUUUGAUCGAGUUGCUGAGAAACGUUCAUUAUCUUCUGCUAAAGCUCUGGAAGUUGUUGAUCAAAUAGUGAAUGAAAUUGAGCAGGCUAUUGUGAAGCUGCAGAUGAUGAAUACAGAUUCUACUGGAAAUGUUGACCACCCAUCCAUCCUUGCAGAACUGAAAGCUAAGCUCAAUGAAAUGGCACCACUAAACCAGCUUGAAGGCAGCCAAAAGGAGCUCAAUGUUGCUCUGAGCAAAUAUCUCAAACUCCUUGAGAAGUCUUUCAAUCCAGAUAUAUCUAAGGCAUACAGAAAUGUGGAUUUUGAGGUCCAUACAGUAAACAAUAUCAUAGCGAAUCAUUUCUACCGCCAAGGCCUCUUUGAUCUUGGUGACAUGUUUGUCCAUGAGUGUGGGGAACUAGGCGGAGCUUCCUUGAAGCUACCGUUUCAGGAGAUGUAUGCUAUCCUUGAAGCCAUGAAAGCGAGAAACCUCGAGCCUGCUCUCAGUUGGGCUGCCAAAAACCAUGAUCAGCUGUUGCAGAAUGGGUCUAUGCUGGAGUUCAAGCUUUAUCAGCUUCAGUUUGUUGAAAUAUUGUCCAAAGGCAGUAGGGGUGAGGCCAAAGAUGAGGCUCUUUUAUAUGCUAGGACUCACUUGGUCCCCUUUGCAGCCGUGCACAAGGAAGAAUUCCAGAAGCUAAUGGCUUGCCUUCUAUGGGUUGGCCGGCUCGAUCAAUCCCCAUAUUCUGAGUUAAUGUCAUCCGCGCAUUGGGAGAAGCUAGCUGAGGAGCUCACCCAUCAAUUCUGUAGCCUUCUGGGCCAGUCGAGGGAGAGCCCGCUGAGUGUUGCAGUGUCAGCUGGUUUUCAAGGACUACCAACUCUGCUGAAGCUGACGCAAGUCAUGGCUGCGAAGAAGCAGGAGUGGCAAGUUAUGAAGCAGCUUCCUGUCCCCAUAGACAUCGGGCCAGAAUUCCAGUAUCAUUCUGUCUUUGUGUGCCCGGUGCUCAGGGAGCAGUCCAGUGACGAGAAUCCCCCAAUGCGGAUGCCUUGUGGACAUGUUGUCUCCAAGCAGUCCAUCAUGAAGCUGUCGAAAAGCAGCUCGAGGGCCUUCAAGUGCCCCUACUGCCCCUCGGAGGCUAUGGCGUCGCAUUGCAAGCAGCUGCAUUUCUAGAUGUGUUAAUCUUUUCUGGCUGCGCAAAACUGCAAACCUGUUGGUACAUGUUUCCCCUCCUGUUCCAUGUUGCACCAGUCCAAUAACUGUCUCUCUGUAAUAUAAACAUCUACGUCCGGAUAAACAUGUAGUUUCGUCUGUAUUACUGAUAUGUACAGUUGCAUCUUUGAUCUUUCA